AUUUUAAGGGAGAUUUUAUUUAGAGGCGGUGCUUGUUGGCUCCAGAGUAACGUCGUAACGACCCUUUUUUUCAAUCCCAGUUAACAGAGUUUGACCAGGAGCGGAGUUGGAGCUGGGGGUCGUCUACAUCUGGGGGGUGAUUGAUGUUUUUCAGCAGAUUUUUAUUUUUUUAUUUUCUUGUAAUUUUUUCUACUCUAGGCUACUUGGUUUCGUUUCCCCUAGACUUGAGUCCAUAUCGAGAGUUUCCUUUAGAUCAUGAACAAACUAUAUGUCGGGAAUUUGAGUCCUUCGGUCACUGUCGAGGACUUGAAGCAGCUCUUUGGCGAGAGGAAGCUACCAGUGGCCGAGCAGGUUCUGCUUAAAUCCGGUUAUGCUUUUGUGGACUUCCCCGACCAGAACUGGGCCAUAAAAGCAAUUGAGACGCUCUCCGGUAAAGUUGAAUUACAUGGAAAGGUGAUUGAGGUAGACUACUCUGUUCCCAAAAAACUAAGGAGCAGGAAGAUUCAGGUCCGGAACAUUCCCCCUCAUCUACAGUGGGAGGUUUUGGACAGCCUAUUAGCCCAGUAUGGUACUGUAGAAAAUGUGGAACAGGUUAACACUGAUACAGAAACAGCUGUGGUGAAUGUCACAUACUCUAACAGGGAGGAAGCAAAACUAGCUAUUGAAAAGUUGACAGGGCACCAGUUUGAGGAUUCCUCCCUCCAAGUGUCAUAUAUCCUGGACAUGGAUGCUGCUUCACCCCCCCAGGCGCCCCGCAUGCGCCGCGGGGGCCGGGCGUCUCGGGAGCAGGACACCCCCAACCCGGGGGCCUCAGGGGGCCUCGGAGUACCUCGCCACAAACAACACGACUUCCCCCUGCGCAUGCUGGUGCCUACUCAGUUUGUGGGUGCCAUCAUUGGCAAGGAGGGCCUCACUAUCAAGAAUGUUACCAAACAGACACAGUCCAAGGUGGACAUCCAUCGUAAGGAGAAUGCCGGUGCGGCAGAGAAGCCCAUCACCAUCCACUCCACCCCUGAGGGAUGCUCCUCCGCCUGCAGGAUGAUCCUGAACAUCAUGCAGAAGGAGGCCUGCGAGACUAAGAUGACGGAGGAGAUCCCUUUGAAGAUCCUUGCCCACAACAGUCUGGUUGGCAGGUUGAUUGGGAAGGAGGGCCGCAACCUGAAGAAGAUUGAAGAGGAGACAGGGACCAAGAUAACCAUCUCCUCUUUACAGGACUUGACCAUUUACAACCCAGAGCGGACCAUCAUGGUGAAGGGCAGCAUGGAGGCGUGCUGUAAGGCUGAGGGGGAGGUGAUGAGGAAGCUGAGGGAAGCCUAUGAAAACGACACUGCUGCUAUAAAUCAACAAACCAACCUUAUCCCAGGUCUGAACCUGAAUGCCCUGGGCAUCUUCUCCACUGGUCUGUCUGUGCUGCCUCCUGCAGCAGGCCAUCGAGGAGGAGUGCCCACGGUGGCACCAGCAGGGUACAACCCGUUCUUAAGUCACUCUUCGCAUGUGGGUGGUCUGUACGGUGUUCCUCCAGCCAGUGCCAUACCCCACCAGCACUCAGCUCCGGAACAGGAAGUGGUCUACCUCUUUAUUCCGACUCAGGCAGUCGGGGCCCUGAUUGGCAAGAAGGGCCAACAUAUCAAACAGCUUGCCCGCUUUGCCGGGGCCUCAAUCAAGAUUGCUCCAGCAGAGAACCCCGAUGUGACAGAGAGGAUGGUGAUCAUUACUGGUCCUCCGGAGGCUCAGUUCAAGGCCCAGGGCAGGAUAUUUGGAAAGCUGAAAGAGGAGAAUUUCUUCACUGCGAAGGAAGAGGUCAAGUUGGAGACGCAUAUCAAAGUUCCCUCAACCGCAGCUGGCCGAGUCAUCGGCAAAGGCGGAAAAACGGUGAAUGAGCUGCAGAACCUCACCAGCGCUGAGGUCAUUGUGCCACGUGACCAAACUCCAGAUGAGAACGACGAGGUCUUUGUUAAAAUCAGUGGGCACUUCUUUGCCAGCCAGACUGCACAAAGGAAGAUCAGGGAGAUCAUCCUGCAGGUCAAACAGCAGGAGCAGAGGCACCAGCAGGGGACCCCUGUACUGCACCACUCCAAAUGACCACCGGGGGCACGGCUUAGGCGGGCACCAGCCAAUGAAUGUAGUCCUCCAAACUGGAAGAAGACCUAACCAGACGAGGCCAACGGGACAGACAAGGCAAACCAGCAGCAACGGGAACAAACCAAAGAACUUUAUUGGAGGACAUGUGAGAGCCAAAGGCUUGAGGGCUUUCUUCUCACUGCCAGCCCUGCGCCAGAGGAGGGGGAAGGAAGGAGAUAUCUCAUCUGAAAUUUAUAGACACACACAUACAUACACACACACACAAAAGGACAACAAAUACAAAUCAGGAGGGUGGAAAAUGUCUGAGAAUUGGGCAUCUGUUGUCUUUCACAGUUUUAAGAAAACAGGAAAUAUGAUGUCGCCCUGCAAACAUUAUCCUUUAAGUUGGACUAACAUAGGCCUAACAGACAGUUCAAACAUCUGUAUUAGCAAAUGUGCACAUUUGAGGCAUUGUGAUAUUUGGUAGGAUGGGGGUGGCAGAUAAAUUACACUUUUUCUCACAACGGGUUGUGAUUUUCUGAUUGCAAGAGUAAGAAUUCUUAGCAGUAUUAACAUGAGUAGAGAAGAUACGCUUACACAUCUUGGAAGCACACAUGGUGGUCCAUCACAUUACAGGACAGCUUUGUAUCAAACAGUAGAUGUUUCUGAGAUGGGCUUUCUCCAAAAAGGGGUGUCAUGUUUUUUAGCCUUGACACAGAGAGCCUUAUAUACUCGCAUCCUUUCAUUAUUUUGCAUUUCAGGUAAAAAAAAAAGGAUAGAGAUAAGACCCUGAGGGAACCUUGAGGAUUGUUCUGAGUCUUGGUGACUAGUCUGUGUGUGUGCCAACACAAGGGAUUGUGUCCCUUUGAAAACGUUCCUACCCUGAUGCUCCCUUUUUUCUUAUCUUUAGUUGAAUUUAAUUUUGGCUCUACUUCUUCAUUUCUCUUUCUCUCUCUAAUUUAAUUCCCUAAUUUCUCACAUCUGGUGAUCUGAUUUUCUACAUGAUAAAGUUUUUGUUUUGCAAUAAGAAAUCUUCCGUUUCUGUAGCCUUUUGAAAACAUUUAACUGACAGCUGCUCCCCCCACUUAGCUCAGUAGAGUUCCCCCCACUUAUACUCUGAGAGUAUAAUGGGGGUUUACUCCUGUAUACUCUGUACUACAUGCAUGCUUGUUGUCCCGUGGGUGGGGAGAGGAGGGAGAGAGAGAAUGAGGGAGGGAGGGCGGGAGGGAGGGGGAAGGAAACACACGUGGAUGUCUUUAACCAACCCACUGUUCUUGGAGGUUAUCUGAGCAAACAAUUGAUGUCUUAAAAUGGUGCACCUGUGCUUGUCAGGUUGAAUUGGGCUCUGCCUUCCAGGAUGAGAUGAGGAGGCAUGGGGGCAACAACAGAGCAGGCGGCCCUAAUUAUGUUGAGGUGCAAUCCUGUAGUGUGACGAGUGUGAAGUGUGUGUGAGGGGUGAGGUUUUGUGGGGAGGCACUAUGACCUGUAGUAUGCACACCACAACGCCCGCGUUUGGCUUUAACGCUCUCUAUCAGGGAGAUUGAUAAACUGGCAUGACAGCUGUGAAUGUAUGAUAUGCAGCCUUUUAGAAAUACCACCCCUGCCGUGUCCAGCAAACCAGCCACUCACACACAGAUAGUCUCUUAGGCUGUUUUUUUUAUAUAUAUAUUGUUUUGUUUUUUUGUGUGUUGUUUGAACAAGCUGAUGGAAUGUUUUACCAGUCUGCUGGACAUGCAGGAUUUGAUAUCCCUUUGUGCUUUAUUUUGGAGACCAUCGAAGCUUGUGGCCUUAUUUGUCACCAUUCAUACAUCGACCCCCUCACCCUGUGAGCCAAUCAGCUUCAUCUUCCAGACACAAGGUUAUUGCCAAUACGCACAGCUUAAUCUGUGUGUGAGCAUGUGCGCGUGUAUAGAUAACAGAUAUUUAUGACUCUCUUUGUGAUGAGAGCUAUUAAUAAGAAACAAAAUAAACAAAAUUCUCUUUUCUUUUUUUUCCUCUGUGGGACACUGCCAUAUUACUUUGAAGUGAAGUAUUUUAUUUUCUUUAAAACCAGACUAUGAAUAAUAAUAUAUACACAAAUCUGAAACAAUAGAAGAAAAAAAGAGUGAACCACUGCAGAACUUCAGGACAGCAGGAAGUGACCAGUUUGUGUGUCAGUAUUGUCAUCUACCUCAGGCUCAGGGUUCCUCAGUCUAAUCUUUCAUUUGUUUAUAUGCCUUUCUAACUGGUUCUUUUGAGCAUUUUUCUUUUUUAUAGAAAAAGAUCAUGGGGAAAGAAAAACGUUUCUAAACUCUUCAGGUCCAGCCGAUUAUUGAAGGGAAAAAGGGUCCGUAAACUAGAAACUGUAGACAAGUCUUUUAGACUGUAAUUGACUGGAUACUGCUCAACCUCUUAUUGAUACACUUAUUAGAAAUUAAAUUAAUUAAGUAUUGGACUGGAUCCAUGACAGAAGUGUUUUUAAUGAGGAUAUACAGUACCAGUCAAAAGUUUGGACACAUUUUCCCAUUCAAUUGGGAAAAUGUGUCCAAACUUUUGAAAGGAACUGCAUUGUACAGAUUCCAGGAUCCAGUUCUGAAAAAUCCCAUUACUAUAGUCACACAGAUAACAAUUGUACCUCCACUGGUGUUUUGAAAAUGAAGUUUGUUGUCCAAAAUAAUUUACAUAAUUUCAUAAUGACUCAACAAGAUUUUACCAGCUCAGAUAAGUUACUCUGGGGAUGAUUUGAAGUUAGAAGCUGCAGAAUCUCUGUAGUCUUGACAGGACUCUUGAACAAGGUGUAACAAUCUAGUCUUUUCUGUAGAAUGUAGACCACCUCUAGACUAGUUGUUGAAUUGCCACUGUGUAGGGGUAAAUUGCUGUAUAUCUGUGAAUAUGUACAAUAGACACACAAAUGCAUUUGUUUGUAUUUGUUUCUAUCACCAAACACCAGUCCACACCUGCAUUGUGAGAUAGUGAGAUACGUGAGGUACAUAGUGUCUGGCUUUGCUCCACAUGAACUCUAAAAGGUUUUCUCAUCCCCCUACCAUUAUAUUUCUGUUGUGCUGUACUUUUUUGAAGUUACCUCUCAGAAUCCAAGGCUGACUUUAGUUACUAAAACUAAAACAAAUGUAGGGCAAAGAUGAAAAUUAAAUAAAAGAAAGCUAGUGAAAGUUUGUCUUUGGAGUUUUUACUGUAAAAAUGUGUUUUGUAAAGGAGACUCCUAUUUUGUGACUGUAAAGCAAUGACUUCAGCAUAUCCAGAUCUGUUUCAUUAAACACUUGGGCUACAGUUCGUAGGCAGUAGUGUACCAACCCUUAGAAUAUAUGAGACUCUGUGAUUGCCCACUUGACCUUCGCAGUCAUGUGUUGAAAUAGUUACAACAACUGCAUCGGGCACACCUCCAUUGACCAUUGGAGAGUAAAGUCAUUGUUUAUAAGUAGAUUAUAUUGUCUCUCAUUUCUAACUCCCCGGACAGUAAGAGCUAUCUCUUAACCACUUCCUUCAAAUCUCAACCUGCGAUGUCUCUCUCUUUGGUUGACACAUGUAGUUCCUUUGUGAACGGUUUACUCCUUAAUCUAAGGUGUGUAUAGGGCUCACUCUAGACAGAAACAUGUUGUUUGGUUGCACUGCAGUGUGAUAAUCCUACAGAAUGGAGCAGUGUGGAUUGGACAGUCUGCAGUCUGGCAGCACAACUACAACAUUAAGAGGAUGAUAGUUCUGUGAUUUAUUUGGGGUGAUACUUUACAUUGUGAUUCAGAACUUUUUGUGAACUUUUUUUUACACAUUAGUAAUCAAUACCAGAUAACCAUGCCUGACAUACCCAAAACUGAUAUGUGGUUAUGGUUAGUUUUUUUUCGUUUUCUGAUGAGCAAGUCCUCUCGUCAUCUACACUGAUGAGAAAUAAUGUUGAGGAGUAGCUGAGUUUCUUUACUUUUUAUAUUGAUUCCUUUUGACCAACGGUCAUAGUUGUUUUGUUGUGCUGGAGGAUAUGGUCCAUACUGUACAGGGUCUUACAGCAGUAUGGCCACGAGAUUCAGAGAAGGUAGCUGAUGACAAUAAUGCAACAGGGUGGGGUCUCAGAUCUCAGGCAGACAUGCAGCCUCCUGACAAUAAUGCAACAGGGUGGGGUCUCAGAUAUCAGGCAGACAUGCAGCCUCCUUGCAAGUUUCCAUCUUGGCAGGGAAAAACAGCACAGGACUUUCAACGCCACCUCAGCCAUUCUUAUGUGGGUUUGAUGCAGACAGAACCAAGCUUUUCAAAUGUCAGUUAAACUCUGAACCGCUGCAGUGUUUUUGUCUACCCCGAAAGAGAAAA